UACAAACAGGGUGCCACCAGUCAGUAGUAGUACCUCUCUGAGGAAGAAUUGUUGGCUUCAUGUAGUGCAAUUCGUGGUUUAUUUGCUUUCUUUCUGCUGGGUGCUGUCCUAAGGGUAGGAUCUGUGUGGAGGGCUGUGCAAGGUUUGCCUGGGCAUGGCAAGGGCCAGGGAAGACCUGAAUGUGAUGACCAAGAAGGUUUGGGGUAAUUAUCGUGUACGGACGUGGUAAAAAGCUUGAUGAGCUUGCACGAGCGACGACAACCCCAACGCUGUAAAACACAACGUCAAGUUAGGCACGAUUUGCAUCUGCACAUUUGCAUUCCAGUGAGAGACACAACAGAUACGUCAUCAGAUCGGUUCAUCAGUUAAUUCACAUCAUGGGUGUGAUACCUACAGCAGUUCUUUUAUGUUUGGUCGGGCUAGCAAUCUACGUGUACCUCGAACCCAUCCCUGAUGGCAUCGAGAUACCGUGGAAGAUGAAGUUUGUAACCCGCUGUAUUCGAAUAAGCACUCGCUUGGCGUCGCUCAUGCCGAAGAGACUAAGUGCGUGGUUUGCUGCCAAAGUAGAAGAGGCCAGGGUGUCAGGUGGCCCAAACAUUACCUUCACGGACACGACAUACGGUGGGGUCCUUGUGAGGGUGUUUGCCGACAAACCAGAUGGGGAGAAUGCAGCCAAACGUCCGGCGAUCGUCUACUAUCACGGUGGGGGAUGGACUCGCGGUAACAUAAAGUUUUACCAUCGUCUGACGGCGGAAAUAGCGGAGGAAACGGGGUCGGUAGUCAUUUCUGUGGAGUACCGGUUGACCCCUGAUCACAUAUUCCCUGCGGCCAUAGAUGACUGCACAGCAGCAACUGUCGGGUUCCUGCAGCAUCUUGAAGACUUCAACGUUGACCCAACCAGAGUGGCCAUUAUGGGAGACAGUGCAGGCGGAAAUCUAGCUGCUGCCGUCGCUCAGAGGUUGACCUUUAUGCCACAGUACAAGGACCUACCAAAGCUUAGGAUGCAGGUUUUAAUCUAUCCUUGUCUUCAAGCCUUCGACUUCCAGACACCUUCUUACCAGCAGAACGGAGACUACGUCACCCUUAUGCUUGACAGAGCGAUGAUGGCAGGUUUCUGGGCCGUGUAUCUGGACAACAGGCCGUCCUUGACGACUUCAAUGUCAGUAAACCAACACACUUCGGUAAAAGCCAAAGGUUCUUCCUUGGUAAAAAAAUGCCUGUCCCACGAUUUGAUCCCGGAGGAAUUUAAGCAGACAGGCUAUAAAGAGCCUUCGACCAACUUUGGAAAUGAAGGCAUCUACGAGGAGAUCAAAAGAGUUCUCUUGGAUCCAGACUACGCUCCUCUCAUGCGUGAAGACCUGAGAGGACUCCCAGAGGCGUACAUCCUGACUGCCGAGUAUGACGUCUUGAGGGAUGACGGCAUCAUGUACGCCAAGCGACUGGAGAAAGCGGGAGUGCUGGUUACUUGGAAGCACUACAAGAAGGGAUUCCAUGCGAUGUUUGGCUCCAAGAACGGACCAUUUGCGUCACCGUCAGGGAAUCUGGCGUCGGCAGACCUCUUUGAAUUCUUCAAAGAAUACCUGUGACGUUCUCUCCUGUGUGAAACAGUUAAACUUUGAAAUGAACUGCAAUAGCUAUUAAAAUUUCUCAAUAAAUGUUUGGCAAAUUGUCAAACUUUAAAGGGAAAGAGAGGCUCCUUGUCACCUGUAAGUAUUUCCAGCUUGAAAUUUUGGUUUUGGUGGAAUGGGAGUACCAUAACCACUGCUAACUCUGUUCAACCUUACGGCCUAUUAUAACUUACAGGUUUUGCGUACACGAAAGUGUGUAAAUUUUGUAAAUACUUCUACAUGCGCGCAACAGAAGAGGAAAGUUCGCAAGUUCAUGUUGUUUUGUUUUACUAAGCAUAUUCUGUACUUGAUGGCCAAACUUCAGUUGUGACAAUCAGUGUUGGUCGAAGUUCAAGGGUAUGGAGGUGCUCCCAGGCGCCAAGUGGACGAAUUUUAUCAGUGAAAGCAUGAUGAACUUCUUCGAAAUUAGGAAAUACGGAAAACGUUCAUCCGUGCAUGUAAAACACUAAAGGUACAGUACAUGUAUAAUAAAGACCACUUUCUAUUAUAGUAGUGUAGUGGGCUGGGGAAUUCCCUAUUAUCAUUAAGUCAAUAUUUUGAGCUUUGAACUCUGCAUGGAUGCAAGGCGUGGUUUUGGGCAGGCCCUUGCUUGUAUUUAGCCGCAAGUGGCCUACUUUUUGGCGCGACUUGUUUUGCCUUUUUGGCGCCACUAGAAUGAUUGCUAGAAGUUUCCCACAGUCCUCAGUUUGCUUUUGACUUGGCUUGGGAGCUUUUGGUUUCGACUGGGAAAGCGAGCAGUAUGGCUACGCUUGGGGUUUCUUAACAAAGCCAAUUUUACCCCGGAAUAAAUAUUCAUCGAGCCAA